AUGUCAAAUAGUAGUGAUUUGGUGUCAACCAUGAACUACGUUACAAUGCAAAUCAAUCGUCAUGGACCUACAGUUUUACUUCUUUUCGGCACAUUCAGUAAUGUAUUGAACAUUUGUAUUUUAAGAGAACGUUCUCUCAAAAAGAUUCCAUGUACAAUCUAUCUUUGCUGGUCUUCACUAUCAGCUACUGUAUUCAUCUGGUCGGGAUUAUUAACACGAGUACUUCAAGGUUACAACAUCAAUUGGCCAAAUGAAAAUCAGCUUCUUUGUAAAACUCGUUUGUAUUUGCUGAACAUUAGUUGGUCAUCGGCGAUUUGGAUUCUUGUUGGAGCAAACAUUGAUCGAUUUUUGUGUAGUCAUCAAUCAGUUGCUUAUCGUCGACUGAUCUACACUGAAGUAUUGCAUUGUGUGGAAGCAAGAGUUCCCAAUGUCCCUGUGUCUUGCUAUGGUCGAGAUCUUCCCUGUCGAAUUGUUAAUGAUUGGGUAUAUUUGGGAGUAGAUAUUGUUUUCCCAAGCGUCGUUAUCACUAUCUUUGGGAUACUAACUAUUCGCAAUACUCGAUCUAGAAUCAUUCAUCCAACAAUAAAUUCGUUUCCGCACGCUGUUCGAACAACACAACAAUCAAUAUUAGCACGGAAAAGCGGGCGUAAUCUCACGCGAAUGUUAUUUAUUCAGGUGUCGUGCGUUUUGGUAUUGGAUUUACCAUUUGGACUGUAUCGUUCAUACGCUAGUGUAACAGUCGAUGUAUCUAAAAGUCAAUAUCGUGUGACUAUUGAAAAUUUGAUAUACUCUUUGAUCGUUCUCUUAGUACAUUUUACUCAUUCAACGUCUUUCUACAUCUAUACAUUGACCGGUACGCUUUAUCGUGCAACGUUCAAUCGUCUUAAACGUCGUUAUUUCAAUUUCAAUUUCGAUUGA